GGGAAAAAACCUCUAAGCUCCGCAGCAGGCCUUGGAGGUGCCAGACCCAGAAAGAAAAACUGUAGUGUGGAGGAAGGCGCUGUACCAGAUUGUUCACAACCUGAUCUUGAUCACCCCUUUCGCAAGCGACAUCGCGUGGCGACGCCGGUGGCGAUAAAAAUGAAGAAGUCCGGAACCUCCAAACGUCGCUCUGCGGCGGGGUCGUCGAGGCUCUUUCCAAGAAAACCGCACUCCCGCGACGGCACGCCCCUUCAUCUGUUGGCGGGAAUUAGUUGUCACCAGCAGGCGUGGUUCUGCUCUUCUGGUGCCAUCCUGAAAAUGAUGUUCAUCCGCAUUCUGCAGAUCAUGGCGCUGGGGUACUCGCUCAUGCUAUUCGGUCGUUGGGACUGGGAGUGGUUUCCCCAUUCGACGCACGAGCAAGAACACAUCGAGCCUGCACCAGAACCGUACUUUUCUUCGUCCCGCUCACGAACUCGCUGGCAUCGUGCGGAUUCACCACUCUUCACGCAGUCGCAACCCGCAGUUGUUUCGACGAUUAACUUCUCAAACUUCUGGCCGGCACAUGAUGGGGUGGAUCUUCACUCGGGUCUCGAAGGAUGCCGGAGUACGAGCAUCAACAUGACCAACAUGAUGCCACUGUUCCUCCACUCGCAGUCAGCCGACAUGAAGAAAGAAAAGAAACAGCAUGUGCAGGGCUACUGCGAGUCAGUCAGCACCACUUCUCGCACGCACACCUCUUCUUCUACCUCAGCAUCACCGUCAGCGACACUUCUGUGUUCAUGGCCGUCGUACUAUCCUGGCCUCGCGUCUUCUCCCCUUCUGUUCGCGCACGCAAUUACGCAGCCCGAAAAAAGAGCGCAGACGGAUUCCGACGACCUCUUCUACGCUCCUGCUGCAGAUCUUCCGGAGCCGGAUUCGACCAGCGGAUCUCCACCAUUUGAGACGCAGCUGCCCACGGCCAGUGACAAGCUGACGCCCGGAACCAACGCGACGCUCCCGGUCAACGGCUACAGCAUGGACCAGGCCGGGAACAUCGCCGACUCUGCCGCUAUCCUCGUCCCCGGUCCAGUGUCGGCGGGGUCGGGCAAGGCUGCCAAUGCUCCUUCUGCCGGCAAUGGCACUGAUGCAGCAGCAGGAAAUGCAACGACGAAUGCAACCGCGAACGCAACGAGCGGCGCGAAUACACCGUGCUACAGCAUGCUGCGCCGAAGGGACGGUCGGUGCAAGGUGAGAACCAGCAAAGUAGUGCGGCUUUAUAACUUCCUCGUGGUGGAUGCGCCGGCGUCUCUGUGGAAAUUGGUCGAAACGACUGUGCUCACGCCAUGGAGCUGGUUGACAGGUAAAGGUAUGAAUAAGUUUUUUGACACCAGAAUGAACAAUUUAUUGAAUUAUUUAUCUAUGUUCGUGUGACCCAACGAUGACAAAGAUUGUAUGAUGUUUGUUGAAAUAAAUGAAGUCGGUUAUCAAAGAAUACAUGGAAAUGACAUUUUGGUUUCAACCAGGCACCGCUGUGGAGGAAGCUAGCGCCGCGAAGACUGAGCCUCAGUUCGAACAGGAAUCGGAGGCCGAUCCGGAACAGUCUGUUGCAACUGAUGGCCCGAGCCAGAAUGAUUCCAGCCUCGAAGUAGAGACCGCGAUUCAGCUGCUGCAGGUUAGUACAGUAUCUACGUCGCAUCAUGCGCACACACGGGAACAUCUCAAGCUGAACAACAAUGCGGGUAAGUAUCAGCAGGAGCCUGACACUCAAGCGCAAGACGCCAAUGCUAAAGAAGGGCACGAGAUCGUCGCGGCACGAAAGGACAAGCAUUUCGACGGCCAAGAUGGCCCAGUGCACCACCAUGCAAACGAAAUUGCUGAACAGAAACUGUCCGACAACGAAAAUCAACAGAGAGUAAAAGCUCCCAACAAAGAUGGCGUGCAUGGCGAUGAAGAAGCGGCUGCGGGAAGACAUCACGCCAAGCAAGCAUCAGCAGAAGAAAAGCUGGACACAAGAUCUGAUGUGAAGCACAAGCAAGUCGGAGCUUCAGCUUUGGCGGAGAGUCAAAGUCCGAGGAUUUCCGGCACAGUCGGAAGGGAGCAGCAAAAGAUCACCAGAACCACAGAAGCAAAACCUGUGGUGCCCGCAGUACUAGCAUCUGCCUCUUUGCAUCAAGAGCAACCAGUAGUUACAAAGACCGAACAAGAAUCGACGGAAUUGCACGACUCUACUGGAGCACUGAAGAUGCAGAAUGAAGAACUACACGACGCGGAUCCGAUGCAUUCCCAUGCACUGGUGGAGCAGCCACGGAGCUCCUUCAGAGGCAGCAGCGAACAAACACUGCUGCAGGCUGAGAGCGAUGAGGCAGAAGCAGGUCGCCAGACGAUGACGAUGAAGCAGGAACAAUCUGGUGAGCAUGAACAUUCUCACAGGACAACAAACAGGGAUGGUGCGCGCGACGUUCAUGCCACAGCCUACGCCCAAGAUCCACACGGCGAGGAAACUGCAAGCGCAGCAGCAAUGACAGACACGUCGAAGACGAGCACGACUUCUGCAGAGCAACAAGAUGUAGCUGACCAAGCGAAAAGGAUCCCAGCUGCAACUACGACUGGCGGAAAGGAAGACGGCGAAGGAACACAAAGCGAGCUGCAACUGGACAUGCCCUCUUUUUCCAUUUCCUCCUGGCGGCGCAAGGAGAAGAAGCAGAAGAAGCCGAAGGAGGUGAGCAAAGAAGAAGAAGAAGAAGCGCGAUGGUUUCUGGUCCAGUUGUGUACAGGGACGUUUGGCAAAUUGAAAGAGAAUUGGAACGUAGUUCUAGACACUGAACCACUAAGCCAAAACGUGUGCUGCGGGGCCGCACCGGGCACCAGCGUCGAAGACUUCGUCAAUUCAAACCUGCUAUGCUAAUGAAGUUCCUCAAACAAGAACCUGUCGACUUUUUCUGAUGUCGUAUACGUAUGUCAUUCCUGUAGUUCCCGAGCGGUACUUCGAGUAUGGUGGCAUUGUUGGUCGUGUUGGUGAUGCAUACCGCAUUUCCAUCCUCUAUGCGCCCUGCGUGCUCUGCCAGGCUCGCACACUUCGCCGCCCUCCCAGCACACUCUGUCCGUGUCUCAUUCCACGUUUUCCGUUGCCGGAUUCGUGUCAAAUUCUCUCUGACGGCUGGUUGUUGACUUGAUAUCGAUACCCAUUUUUAAGUACUCAAUAUUUAGAUGUGUACCAAUUCGAGAAGGUACCCCUGUUCGGGAAGGUGCCUUCGGAGAAACAGAUCCCCCCGAAAUGCGACGACCAGCAUACGAAAAGGGCAGGUGGGAGGAGCGAAGCGAACAAGGUCCGCGCGCAAAACAGACACUCGCAGAAUCAUACUUUACAAAACGCAUGGAUGGAGUGGAGUGGUCGCAAAAAGCGUCGCUGCGUGCCAAUCAGCGCGGAGCAUCGGCGUGCAUAAUUCCUAGCGUGCGCGCGCGCGCGCGCACGCUAUUGACGGAACAGGCUUCUGCUCGAGACGCGCGCGUCCUCGUGCGGCGUACUUUACACACGAAAUUGCCCUGCUGCCUCAUCAUCUAAGACGACACUGCUGUGGCGUCUCAGGUACAGAUCCGCACGGGUGCCGGAGAACAUCCGCUCCCCCCGUUGAGAAUGUGCCCAACAUUUUGACAAGGUACCCGGGAGAAAGAUCAUGCCCUCCUUCAAACGAAGGAGGGGCGCCGCUUCAUCGUACUAAAGAGCUAACUGUUCUUAAUUUUUGUAGGCGCCGGGCUGGUUUUGAACUGGGGGCACUAUGUUGAACCGCGGAUCCAGUUAAACUGCUGCGCAUGCAAUGCCUCGAACCAAUGCUAUCCUUUCGCUGCAGCUGUGUUUCCAAUCAUGAUGGCCAUGUCAAUGCACUACAGCUAAUGAUAUGAUAUUUGACGAAGAUGGGUCACAGGUAGGAUGACCGCGUCGGUAAAAAGGGCAACGACACACUCAGAAAAAGAAAUGAAUGUUUGUACCCGCUGCAUAGUACGACAGCCGCUUCGACACCAUGUACGACACGAGAAAAGUCGUCAAAGGAGCUAUGACCGCAGCCGCACUCGCAGUACAAGCGGGUGUGAAUAAUCUACUUCCAGAAGCAGCUACUAGAAGAACGCGCCGAACCGUCCAAGAAUGCACGAAAGCCAUACUGAACGAGAGCUCGAACGAAGAUGUAGAUGAUCCAAGCCCUGUAUCGAAUUGUAGAAACUCGGUGUGCAACAGAUGAAAAACAUCAUGACAAAAUGUAGAAUUUGGACCAGGACUCCUGUUCACUGGUUUUCAGGCAUACACAAAAGGCGCCGCUUGCUUUGCGUGAUAUAUGUAUGAUAUUUGGGGUCCCACAGAGCCGGCCCUGGCGGAGGCCCUGUGGUGGCCAUAGCGUGUGGGAAAGCGUCUCUCCUCUGUCGGUACCAGGAGGGGCGCGGCUUUUCAAUAAAAAAAAGCAAAAAACGCAAACACCGCCAAAAGCAAAAAGCUAACCCGCAUGCCGUCAGCCCGAUUUGGGGUGCCCGAUGCGCCAACCUUGGUAGAGCCCCUGGCGGGGCCAUAGCUUUCGGGAAAGGCUUCAACAAAAGUUAAAACGCAAAGUCCGCCAAAAGCCGAAAGCCAAGCAACCCGCAGGCUAUUGGAACUAUUUCGAGGGGCCAUCGGUCCGGCCCUGGAGGGGGACCUCGUUCGGGUGGCCAUGGCGUGCGGGAGGGUGAGCGUUUCGCCUCUGUCGGCAGCAGGUGCAGGGGCGCGACUUUGCCACAAAAUAACGCACAAAACAAACGCAAACGCCGCCAAAAGCAAAAAGCUUGCUAAUGAGCCCUCAUGCGAUUGGCCCGAUUUUGGGCGCCCAAGGGGCCGGCCCUAGUGGAGGCCCUGGCUGGGCCAUAGCAUGCGGGAAAGGGCUUUCGGGCUGAAGACAGAACGGUGGCCGCGACUUAUGGCCGUGACAAAUAAAAAUAUCUAGCGUCCCCGACCCCGCGUGGGGCAACGUGUUACGCGAUGGCAUGUUUGAGGUACUUACUAACGAGGGCGGCUCAUUUGCUAUCGGGAACGCGCGAAAGCAGUGGGUGCAGCAAAGGGGAGUCGGGCAGUCGAGAAAACGACCUCUGUAACCUCACUACCCCCGCGGACGCGGCUAUUGUUGGUAACAAGCUAGGCAAGUUUAUUGCACUUCGAUUCAUUUCGUUUUCGUCUCUCUCUGAUGUACCAUCAAGCACAAACUUUUGAAAUAUGAUGAGUUCUCUGGCCAUUAAUUGUGAUCUACACACUCAGGAUUCUUGAACUUGAGCAUUGCAUAUAUGUGAUGUAGCAGCGCCACCAGUUGCCCCCACGUUAUAUGUGGCCGCCCAAUGGGAUUGGGAAGCAGCUUCAGGUUCAGCAAGGAAAGGUCUAUGAAAUACUUAAAUGGAUGUUGAGUGUGAGUGUGAGGCUUCCCCCCUCCCAUGAUGAGCACAUCGCUUUUCUGUAUCCAUAUUCUCCGCUUUCGGAGACGCCAGAAAAAUACCAAGAAGCCUGUUCCAAACAUGUUCCAUCCGGAUCUCUACGUGAUAGAAUCGUGGAGCUGCUCAACGAACAAAAAGAGACACGAACAAGCGAGCAACCCAACCCCAACCCGGAAUUGGCCCCCACGCACGUACAACACGCUCCGGACGUCGACCACGACGCAAUAAGUGUAGAGCAGGAGAAGGAGCUCGAGGAAGAAGUGAAUACCUUUAAAUCAAUAUAUCCAUGGGAUGCCGUGUGUAACGACAUCCGAAACGGGUACUCGGAGUACCUAGACGGAAAUUCAAGACUUAAACGUAUACGUAAUCACAUCAAAAACUCACUCGCUGCCGGGAAAGCCUCUCUCCCCGCAAGUCGAGUAAGGGAGUGAAUCACUUCCCCAGGCUCUUUCUUACCUCAUUUCGAGUGCACCGCUUUCCCAGCUGCGCCACUGCCUCACUCCACACUGCAUCGGUCACUUCCCUGCACCCCUUGCACCAUCUUGGCCCUCCUGCAGCCCCUGGGUUGGUGCUGAACGGAGCCGCGCGCCAGAUGUUCGCUUAGGGUGGGCCUAGGGCAUGUUAGGGCUCGAUGUCUAGGGCCGCCUCGGCGUUUCUGUUCGCAGCAGAUGGGGGGGGAAGUAGGGGCUGACUUCCCAACUUCCACACCAUCAUGGAAAAGAAAUUCACUACAGGCAAGGGAAAGUCGGGCGCGAUAUGGGGAGGUGACUGCGGCAUCAUGGGGAAGUGAGUCACUCUAUAACCGCGCAAAGACGGGGCCGCGGAAGAUUAUGAAACCUUGUUCAAGACGAAUUGUUGCAAGCUUUCCCUUAUCCGUUUCUAACAUGUAGAUGUAGGUAGUAGGCUCACAAAAUAAAAAACACAGGCUCGCACAGGGGGCACGGAUGCCAAUCCGGAGGCAGCUUCCGCGGAUUUAGAUUAUCCGCAACGCCUGCUCGAGUUUUUCUCGCAAUUCUUUAUAGCCAUUUCAGAUGAUAAAGCUGGUGCAGUCAUGUCAUUUAUAAAAACGUCAUCUUCAUCUACUACAGUUACUACAUUCUUGCAUGGAAUACCGCUGACGUCUCGCCGGGGCGCCGUUGCUUACUACGGGAAAAACUGCUCGUGGAAGAUGAUAAAGUGGGGUACAGAUCUCGUAACUCAGAACGUAUCCCGGAAGAAACACACAACCCCAUCCAAUUAAUUUGCCAUGCAAAACAUGAGCCAAGUCUAGACUAGUGUGUGUCAUGCAAAAAAUGGAUGGGGAUGGGAAGGGUUCUAUCUUCCUGGAUAGAACGAUGCCUGCGUCUACACGUAUGUACAACCGUCGCCCGAGAAUGAGGGUGACACUGACAUUGUCGGGCACCUGGAACACGUGCCUGACCCGGAGGACCGGAAAACGCUCCAGCGAGCUGCUGAAGCAGAUGAAACGGCAGAACACGGGCAGCACGGCGAAGAAGCAACUCAAGAUCGAGACGCAGUUGUGGACGAGGUUUAUUCGAUUUUGGAAACUAGUGAUGUUGGAAAGCGACAACACCUGCAGGGGAAGUUGGAUUUGCACGGCCCGCCGAGCCCCGAGGAAAAACAAGGCAAAGUACUGGAGAAACGAACCGGUGAAGAAAAGGAACUCCGAGUCGUCGAACUCCCACAGAAGAGAAAGCCACAACCCGCUCCAGCACCAGGUGCAGUCGCAGGCAAGACUGUAACCGCUUCUACCACGCUGACAAUCCGCAGUCCGUUACCCUCCGCGCCCGAGGACGCUCCUUUGCUCAAACGUGAGACUGACGGUCCAGUGAAAACGAAUUCACUCGUUCCCGGCAUGAAAACGUACUUAGUACUUCUUGAGAUAGUUCUAGAAGUUUGUUUUGCGUAGGUCACACUACGAAGCUAAAAGGUGAGUUAUCACUUAUGCGAAUGUCGAGAAUAUGAAGAACGACCUUUUCCGCCCUGGCAACGACGUGCGUAAAAUAACUUACCAGGUCACAGUUGCAGCCGCAGGAAGACGGUUCCACGAAUGGAUCGCCAGAAGAGGCUGCAGCACCACCGCCGCAAGCAAGUCCACCAAAACAACAACAAGAAGGCAGACCUCCCGCAACUGCUGUACGAUCUGCCGCUCGCGGAGGCACGGUUACGGGCACGAGCGACGAAUCGGAAUCCGCGACAGCCACAGCGCUGCAGUUGCAGGAAACGGCAAGGGAACUCACGCCGGGAAAAGGUGUUAGCGGCGGCGACGGAGAGAAUCUGGUGACUACGGCUGCGUCGGAAAAACCCAUCGCGCACAAAAAUCCACCCACUAGCGGUAUCGACGAUCUCCACCCGCUCAACCAUGACAUCUCCUCCAUGUUGGUUUUCGAGGGGCAUGGGCAAGACACGGGAAAAGCGAAGGAGAGCGAGUUGGAUGCUGGUGGUCCCCUGGAAGGCAAACCGGGGCCGAUGCAGGAGGCGCAACCGGGUGCGGAGUCCUCGACCAUGGUGCGGGGGAACUAG